CAAAAUAAAAAAAUCAGUUAAGAGAGUGAGAGGAGAGAGAAGAGGAAGAAAGGAAUGGCAGCUCUCACGCUCAACGGCUCGAUCCUCCGCAAGAACCCCUCGACGCCGACCGCCGCCGCCAUCUCCGCCAGGCACGCGCCGCACCAUCGCGCGGCGCUCCAGUCGCGGCGGAGGAGGCGGUGUUUGGGGCCGGCGACGACCUUCCCCCUCCUCCGCUGCCGCGCCACCGCGCCGCCCCCCCCGGAGGCCGGGUCGCCGGCCGACGACUCCUCCUCGGCCCCGUUCGAGAUGUCCGUCGAGAGCGCCCUCAAGCUUCUCGGCGUCUCCGAGGGCGCUUCCUUCGACGACAUCCUCCGCGCCAAGAACGCCGUCCUCGCCUCCUGCAAGGACGACCAGGAGGCCGUCGCCCAG